AUGGGGUUUAUGAUGGGUUUUGUGGUGGUGUUGGGUGGGGUUGGGGGGGGUAUGGGUGGGGGGAUUUUGGGUUGGAGUGGUUGUAGGGUGGGUGUGGGGGUGUUUGGGUGGUGGGGGGGGGUUUGGGGGAGGGGAUGGUUUGGGGGGGGGGUUGGUUUGGGGAGUUUGGGUGGUUGGGUGGGAGGGGUGGGGGGUUGGUGGGGGGGGGGGGGUGGGGGUGUUUGGGGGGGGGGGGGGUGUUUUGUUUGGGGGGGGGGUGUUUUGGGGGGGGGGGGGGGGGGGGGGGUGUGUGGGUUUUGGGGGGGGGGUGGGUUGGGGGGAUGGGUUGGGGUUGGGUGUGGGGGGGUGGUUUGGUGGGGGGGUUGGGUGUGGGGGGGUGUUUGGAUUUGUGGGGGUGGGGGUGUUGGGGUGGUUGGGGGGUGUGGUUUGGGGGGUGGUGUGGUAGGGGGGGGGGGGGGUGGGAGGGGUUUUGUGUGGGUGUGGUUGGUGGUUGUGUGGGUUUGGGUGUGUUGUUUUGGGGGUGGGUGGAUUGUGGGGGGUGGGUGGGGGGUGUUAGGUGGGGGGGGGGGGGUUGUAGGUUGUUGGGAUAGGGGGGUUGGGGUUUGUGGGGUGUGGUUGGGUGUUUGGGGAUUAUUGGGGGGGGGGGGGGUGUUGGGGGUGGUGUUGGGGGGGGUGGGGGUAGGGGGGGGUGGUGGGGUGUGUUGUGGGUUGGAGGUGGGGGGGAGGGUGGGGGGUAUUUUAUUUUUAGGGGGGUGUUUGGUGGUGGGGGGGUGGGAUGGUGUGGUGGGGGGUGGGGGUUUUGUUUGUGGAUGGGGAUGUGGGUUGGGGGUUGGUUGGUUGAUUUGUUGGUAUGGGGGUGGGGGUGGUUGUGAGUUUGGGGGGUGGGUGGGGGGGUGGUGUUUGUUUUGGUGGGUUGUUGGGUGGUUGGGGUUGGUGGUGGGUUGGGUGGGUGGGUUGUGGGGGGUAUGGUUUGGGGGUUUGUGUGUGGGGGGGAUGGUUGGGUUGGGUGGUGGGGGGUGGGUGGGAAUGGGGUGGGAUGGUUUGUUGUUUGGGGGUGGAGGGGAGAGUGAUUUUGUUGGUGUUUGGAUGGUUUUGUGUUGGGUUGGGAUGUGGGUUUUGGGGGGGGGUGGGUGGGGGGGGAGGGGGGGGGGGGGGGGGGGGGGGGGGGGGGGGGGGGGGGGGGGGGGGGGGGGGGGUGGGGUGGGGUGUGGUUUGUUGGGGGGGGUGGGUGGGGGGGGGUGGGGGGGGGGGGUGGGGUUGGGGGGGGGGGGGGGGGGGGUGGGUUUUGUGUGGUGGUGGUUUGGGUGGGGUUGUGUUUUUGGGGGGGUGGGAGUUGGUGUGGAGUUUGGGGGGGGGGUGGGGGGGGUGGGGGGGGGGAUGGGGGGUUGGGUGUUGUAUGUGUGGGUGGUUUGUGUUUGGGGGGGGGGGGUUGAUUGGGUUGGGGUGGGGGGGGGGGGUGUGGGUGUGGGUGGGGGGGGGGGGUGGGGGGGGGGGGUGUUGGGGGGUGGGGGGGGGGGGGGGGGGGGGUUGGGUUGGGGUGGGGUGGGGUUUUGGGGGGGGGGGUUUGGGGGGGUGGUUGGGGGGGUGUUGUGGGGGGGUUGGGUUUGGGGUUGUUGGGGGGGGGGGGGGUGGGGGGGUUGGGGGGGGGUUUGUGUGUGUGGUUGGGUGGGGUGUGUUUGUGUGUUUGGUUUGGGUGUGGGUGGGGGGGUGGGGUGGGUGGGUUUGUUGAGUGGUUUGGGUGGGGGGGUUGUGGGGGGGUGGGGUGGGAGGGGGGGGGGGGGGGGUUGGUGGGGGGGGUUAGAUGGAUAG